CAACAACCAAAAAUGAUCCAAACCCAAAGCCCUCCUACUACACAAAUAGAUCGUCCCGAAACCCUAGCCCCUUUUCGUCUCAAUCAGCCAGCAGCAGUUCCUUGAACAACAAACUAUGGCGGAAGUUGAAGUUGACGUUGCGGCAGCCGGAGCACCGAAGAAGAGGACGUUUAAGAAGUUUUCGUUCAGAGGAGUGGAUUUGGAUGCUCUGCUUGAUAUGUCUACUGAUGAGCUUGUUAAGCUCUUCACUGCUCGUGCUCGCAGAAGGUUUCAGAGAGGUUUGAAGAGGAAACCUAUGGCUUUGAUUAAGAAGCUUCGCAAAGCUAAACGUGAGGCACCAGUCGGUGAGAAGCUAGAGCUAGUGAAGACUCACUUGAGGAACAUGAUCAUUGUUCCAGAAAUGAUAGGGAGUGUCGUGGGUGUUUACAAUGGCAAGACAUUCAACCAGAUUGAAAUCAAGCAAGAGAUGAUCGGCCACUACCUUGCUGAAUUCUCUAUUUCAUACAAGCCUGUGAAGCACGGUAGACCCGGUAUUGGUGUUACCCACUCCUCCAGGUUUAUUCCAUUGAAGUGAGGUCUUUUUUUCGACAAGUCUGUCUAUGUUAACCAUGUUUGGUACCAAAGACUGAUUAAUCCUUGUUAACAUCUGGGAACAUCUGGGAACAUGUUAACACUACUGGCAGUGUGACUUGAGAGACCACACCAGCCGUCAAGGUAUUUAGACUAUGUCCAGGCCUUAAAGCCUAUAUGAUCGAAUUAGAUCAUGGCAAGUAUCAUCAAUAUGAUGAUCAAAAUAUACAAACCCAUUUGUGA